GUGGACUGAUUCUUGGUCAGCUCUGGUAUCGUGUUAAUAUUUGACCCUUCAAAGUUCUGAAACUUGGGAGUUAUUGGAUACUUAGGUUUGAUAUUUGAAGCUUAUGGAUGACUAUACUGAACAGCCACUUCCACCUGGGGUUCUUUCUACGUCAAAAUCUUCGCCACUUGUGCCAACUUUGAAUCCUGCUGGCCAUUUGCCCCAGUCCUUUCAGCAAACUGCUAAUUCUUGUUACCAUGCUGGCAAUGGCGAUGGAACUCUUUUCCCUGUUGUCCCUUCUAUUCAACCUAGCUCUGAAACUUUUCGUACCUUUGAACACGAGUCUUCUGAGGCUAUACUCAAUACAUUACCGUCCAAUUUGGAAUCUGUUAAUGGAUUUAAGCUGCAGCCACAAAGUGCUAAUGAUCUUGAGAGUGCAGCUCAGAAUGCUGUUUUGCAUGAACAGGAAAUUGCUGCACAGAAAGUAAUACAAAGUCAAAGAGAAGCAAGGGAUGCAAGUGGAUCUAAGGAUAGUUCAGAUAUUUUCUCUGGUCGUCAUGACCCAAAUGCUUUAAAGGAGCAUUUACUCCAAAUGACGGCAGAUCAUCGUGUGGAAAUGGCCUUAAAGCGUGGCAAGGCGACACAGCCUGAGCUAGGUAAUGUGGAAAUUGGAAAUGGGUAUGGUGUGCCAGGUGGAGGUGCUUAUUACAGUGCUUCAAAUCCCGAUGCCCCGAUCUCCAAGACAAGUACAAUCACUGGUCACAGAACAAAUCAACAUGGUACAGACCAUAAUGGGGGUUCUGAACAUAAUUCUGUUGGUAAAGAGUUGCCUGAGUACCUCAAGCAGAAGUUGAAGGCUCGAGGUAUUCUGAAAGAUGAUUCAAAAGUAGAGAACCAUGCCAUAUCAAGCAAUAGCUUAAAGGCACAGUUAUCAAAGACACCAGAUGCCAAUUUGCCUGUGGGAUGGAUUGAAGCCAGGGACCCUACAAGUGGUGCUUUAUAUUAUUAUAAUGAAAGUUCUGGGAAAAGUCAGUGGGAAAGACCUAUUGAGGCUCCUGCAUUAGUUGCCAGGGUGUGUUCGGGACUUCCUGAAUAUUGGCAGGAAGUUCUUGAUGAAUCAACCGGUCAAAAGUAUUACUAUAACUCACAGACGAAUGUAUCACAAUGGGAACAUCCUUCUAAGCCACAGCAGGUUGCCAUUCAUCACCAUGAUAGAGCAGUUGCCAGCAAUGCAACUAAUGUAACUUGGGUUGACCAAGCUUCCACAAUCCAGAGAUGCAUUGAAUGUGGUGGGUGGGGUGUGGGCCUUGUACAGUCAUGGGGUUAUUGCAAACAUUGCACUCGAGUUCUCAAGCUUCCUCAAAGCCAGUAUCUGUCAGCAUAUGUGGAGAGACAACAGCCAACUUCUGGCGAUGCAGGUGCCACAGAAGACCCUGAGAAAAAGUUUCAGACUCAGAGGUCCACUUUCAAACCACCAAUGAGUAAAAGUAACAAAAAAGACAAACGGAAACGCACAUAUGAUGAAGAUGAUGAAUUGGAUCCCAUGGAUCCAAGCUCUUAUUCAGAUGCUCCUAGGGGUGGUUGGGUUGUAGGUCUCAAAGGAGUGCAACCACGGGCAGCAGAUACCACCGCAACGGGUCCUCUCUUUCAGCAGCGCCCUUACCCAUCUCCUGGAGCAGUCUUGCGUAAAAAUGCUGAAAUUGCUUCUCAAAGGAAAAAUCCUAAAUCGAAUUUUACCCCUAUAUCCAAGAGAGGUGAUGGUAGUGAUGGACUGGGUGACGCUGAUUGAAGAAUUUAAGCUACUGUGUUAUAUUUAUUUGCUUAAAGUAAGUAGUCCCUCAGUGAAAUUCUUGACAUUGUCAGUUUGGCUACACAUGAAAGAAUAAAGCGCAUUAUCUUCAUUCCACUUCAAUUAGAUGUGUUAGGCACAGUGACAUUUGCCAAUCCUCUUAGAGAUCAAUUGAACAAGAAAAUCAAGAGUGCUUAGUGCUUGGUCCCAGAAGCUCAUCGCGGAUGAUAGGACAGAUGAUAGUGGUUCCGUUCUUGCUCUUCCUAUUCCAUACCAUAAACAGACACCUUUGGUUCAUCGACAUUGGCGCUAGCAGCUCUACCCCCACCCACCAGCCCUUUAUGGAGUUAGCGGACCAGAACUCAGUUGCUGCACAUUUUUUAACUGUCAAAUCAAUUUUCUGUUUCAGGGAGGAUUCACAGAAAGGGAAGUUUUCCAGUUGAAGUUGCUAUAUGACCAGGCGCUAAACAUCACAUUCUAAUCGUAGAGGCUGUAAGUUCAGGCAUGAUGGAUAUUCUUCUUGAUGUUCCUGACAUACUGCUGAAAGAGUCUUCCAAAAAUGCUAUAGUGUCUAAAUUAUUCUUUCUUUCUUCUUUUGUGAGAGAGAGAGAGAUAGAGAGAGGAGAGACUUCCAAACUUAAGAAACAGGGACUAUUUUAGGAGCAUAGGUCAGCCGCUGUAUAGAAAGCUAUUAGUUGUAAUCCUAUGUAUGUUUGACAUACGGUUUUUGUAACAAAGAGUAUGAGUAGUCGAGAAAGAGAUGUCAUGAAAAUUACAUGUUAAUUAAUCAUGAUUAAGUAAAAGAACUCUAUAUCCAAACAAACGGCAUGCAUAUAUUGGUUUGAUGUAAA